AUGUCUUUGUCUACUAAGCUCGCUAUCACCGAUGUUGAUUUGAAGGGCAAGAAUGUGUUGAUGCGUGUCGACUUCAACGUCCCUUUGGACGGUGACCGCAUUACCAACAACGCUCGUAUUGUUGGUGCCCUCCCCACCAUUAAGUAUGCCAUUGAGCAACAACCCAAGGCUGUCAUCUUGAUGUCCCACUUGGGCCGCCCUAACGGCUCUCGUGUCGACAAGUACUCUAUGAAGCCCGUCGCUGAAGAACUCACCAAGCUCUUGAACCGCGACGUCAAGUUCCUCAACGACUGUGUUGGCGCUGAUGUCGAAAAGACCUGCAAGGAGGCCAACAACGGCCAAGUCAUCCUUUUGGAGAACUUGCGUUUCCACAUCGAGGAAGAAGGUUCCGCCAAGGUUGACGGCAACAAGGUCAAGGCCGACUCUGCUUCCGUCGAGUCUUUCCGUAAGUCUUUGACCGCUCUCGGUGACAUUUUCGUCAACGACGCUUUCGGUACCGCUCACCGUGCUCACUCUUCCAUGGUUGGUGUCGAGAAGACCCGUGUCUCUGGUUUCCUCAUGAAGAAGGAACUCGACUACUUCGCCAAGGCUUUGGAAAACCCUGCUCGCCCUUUCCUUGCCAUCUUGGGUGGUGCUAAGGUUGCCGACAAGAUCCAAUUGAUUGACAACCUCCUUGACAAGGUCAACCGCCUCAUCAUCUGUGGUGGUAUGUCUUUCACCUUCUUGAAGGUUCUCAAGAACAUGAAGAUUGGUAACUCCCUCUUCGACGAAGCCGGUUCCAAGAACGUUCAAGGCAUGAUCGAAAAGGCCAAGAAGAACAAUGUCGAAAUCUUCCUCCCCAUCGACUUCGUCACCGCCGACAAGUUCGACAAGGAAGCUAACACUGGCUCCGCCAACGCCGAACAAGGUAUCCCUGACGGCUGGAUGGGUUUGGACUGCGGUACCCAAUCCUCCAAGCAAUUUGAUGAAGUCAUCCAAUCCUCCAAGACCAUCGUCUGGAACGGUCCCGCUGGUGUCUUUGAAUUCGAAAAGUUCGCUACUGGUACCAAGACCAUGCUCGACUCUUGUGUCAAGAGCGCCAAUGCUGGUAACGCUGUCAUCAUUGGUGGUGGUGAUACUGCUACUGCUGCUGUUAAGUACGGUAAGGAGAACGACGUCUCUCACGUCUCCACUGGUGGUGGUGCUUCUCUCGAACUCUUGGAAGGUAAGGCCCUUCCCGGUGUUGUUGCCCUCUCCUCCAAGUAA